UGUUGAGAGUCAAAUGUAGCAUGGCGCCCUCUACUCCUCGAUCGGCAAACGCAUGUGAGACCUGCCGUAAAAGAAAGGUCAAGUGUACCGGCGAAAAGCCUUGUCGCGCAUGUGUCAAGCAUAACUUGCAAUGCAUAUUCGGCACCACUGGCCGUAGAAAAUACUCCGAGGCCGAAGUGAAACAACUGUUAGAGAAAAUUCAAAUAUACGAGGAGCGGCUUGCAUCUGUGGCUGAAGGUCCAUCACUAUCGUCGCCGAGAGCCCCGGAUCCGAUUCUGAGUGGAUCAUCACGGCAGCACGAUGCUGUAAUGCCCGGCAACCCUGCCACGCCAGGCAACUAUCUGCAAAGGGGCCAACCACCGGAGGCGCUGCUAUAUGAUGAAAGCGUUGAUGGAAUUAGCCCAGGUAAGUAUGGCUUCCAUGUCCCCAGUGUAGCAGAUCGACUGAUUGCACAUAAAGCAACGGAUCGGACGUCAGGCCCUGCGUUUGAAUCUCAAGUAAGAUCUCUGCUCCACAGAUCCAAAGCAUAUGUCUCCCCAACGAGUGGAAUAUACCACAAUACUCAUGGGUCGAGUGAGCCGGUGGGGUGGAUAUCAGUGCGGGGACUUGUUGACAACGUUGAUGAACCUUCUAUUCCGUCAUUGGAGGAGUCUCAACAUUUGCUAGAUCAAUUCCUCUACUAUCUGGGAGUAAGCCAACACUUCUUUGACUCUCGCUCGUUCUCCGAUCAGAUGGGACUACUUUUUCAGACUGCAGAGUCUCAGGAGCAACAAAAACAGACAACAUGGUACACGGAGUAUCUUCUCGUCAUGGCAAUGGCGAAGCUGAUGGAUGUUGAGCAGCCAACAUCUCAACCACCGGGUUCUGAGCUUUUCUCAGAAGCACUGAAACGUCUUCCCCCACUGCAUCACUUCGGGGGUGAAGGAGUGAUUGUUGUGGAAAUCCUAACACUGGUUGCUACUUAUCUUCAGUGGUGUGAUCGAAAGCAUGACGCUUACAUUUAUAUCGGUCUUGCUUUAAGACUAGCUAUUGCCCUCGGCUAUAAUCUACCGGAGAAUGAACAGAGCUGCCUACCCUCUCAGUGUGCCCAUCGGGUUAGAUUGUGGUGGACUGUUUACAUGCUGGAUAGACGCCUUUCGUCGGGUCUUGGACUGGCCGCAGGAGCCGAUGAACGACAGCUGAGAGCAGGGUACCCUCGGCAUGCUGUUGGCUUCCAAUCACCAGUUGCGAUCACAAUAAAUGUGCGCAUUGCACGCAUUACAGAUGAAAUCAUGUCCUCUUUAUAUGGCAGUGCCUCUAUCACUCAGAUCGAGCUAGUGAGAAAGAUCCAGAUCAUCCUCCAGGAACUUUAUGGUAUCGGCCAAUCUUUCCCUCCAUCCCUGGCCAUGGACUUCAGUCGACCACUAGAGAGAGUGACACGCACUGGGUCGUCUCUCUUCCUGAUGUUGUUUCAGGCUAUUAUACUUUGCACUCGGCCAAUUCUAUUAAGGAGGGUCCGUUUAGAAGUCCAGAGGCAGCAGAAGUCUCUCCCACCGGAGCCAGUUCCGGAGAUAUUAGCCAGACUCUGCGAUACCUGCCACGAAGCUUCAAUGCGAAGCCUCGCAAUUCUGUACAACCUUCAGCAACAAAAAACAAUUCCACGUUAUGGAUUUUUUGAUCUGGAUGCAACUUUCUCUGCGGCCUUUGUACUGGUAAUGGCUGGAGUUUUAGACAACACUGAAGAUCAGCCGCCACCAGCUCUAGAGCAAGCAUUUCACGUCCUCAAAUUUCUCUCUCAAUCUGGAAAUUCUGCUGCUGAACAAAGAUUCCAGGAUAUAUCCCUGUCUUGUUCUCACGUUUGGCCAAAUUACGUUUUUAAUGGAGCUCCACUUGAGACACAAACAUCUCAGGUGGAUCCAUCCAGGGAUCAAGCGCCAAACGUUACUUCAAGAAAAGAUUUGAGGAGAAGUCCCUUAGAGUACCCCCUAGCCUCUUCAACUUGUAUGGCUCAAGACUCCGGUCAGUUUCGUCUGGAUGAGGGCAGACUACUUGAAUCUUGGUCUCAGUCGGGAGCUCCAGAGACAGUAUUCGAUAUGGAGGUAGACUGGGGACUGGACCUGACAGGUGAGGCGGAAGGUAUCUACUCAAGCUUUCAUAGUCCGAUAUUCCCGUUGACGGGUGUGGAUCAUAUGGACUGGCUGGAGAUUGAAAAGGUGUUCAGCGCUCCAGGUGUUUGA